AUCUUUUUGCUGCAAGCCCAUAGGUAGGUGAGAACGAUACCUUAUAAUGAAAUGGCAGCUGGUCGGAGCAAGCCUUGCCAAUUGCGGCCAAUAUACGUCCCAAGGCAGUCAUGUUCUCUCUUUGAUGUCGGCUUGAGAGGACAAAAUCAUACCAUGCUCGCCCGGUUCUUCUCUUCUUCCUCAGGUUUGGGCUUUUCGUUGCAAGACUCCGUCAAGUCGCAAAGAUGGCAAACUUCCAACAUGCGCUGUUGGCAAUCUUUCUCAGCUUGAGCUUUGGCAAUGUCGACGCCUUCUGGCGUAUGCGCUGUGGUACUGUCCAGGUUGGACGAGUCGAUCCCAUCAUCUCGCCUGGUGGAGUUUCCGGUCAUGCUCAUACUAUUGCUGGAGCUAGCAAUAUCAACACCACGUCGACCUAUGAUAGCCUCCAAGCCUCUUUCUGCACCUCAUGCGAGAUCCAGGCGGACAAAAGCGCUUAUUGGACCCCUCAGAUGUAUUAUCGACAUCGUAACGGCACAUUCGAAGACGUCCCUCACGAUGGUACCGUCGUCUAUUAUCUUGACCGUGGUAAUGACGUAGCCAACAUUAAGCCUUUCCCUAAAGGCAUUCGUAUGCUUUCUGGAGACGCUGCCGCCAGAGCAUAUGACAAUACCACUAUGACGUGGGAUGGAUCAAAUCCUGUAUCCGGUCGAGUCAGCUUCGCCUGCCUAUCCAGCGCAGAAGGAAUUCCAGAAACGCCAGCCCUCAACCAGACCGACUGCGACGAGGGCCUGCGUGCUCAAAUACAAUUUCAGAGUUGUUGGGAUGGCGUCAAUCUGUACAAAUCUGACCAGAGCCACAUGGACUAUCUGUCAGGCGUGGACAAUGGUAAUUGCUCCCCGACCCAUCCAGUACUCCUUCCCUCCCUGUUCUUCGAGGUCAUCUACUUUCCCAACGAGAUCGACCAGACCGACGGCGGCUAUUUUGUGUUUGGUCAGGGAGACACUACUGGCUAUGGUUUCCACGGCGACUUCUUGAACGGAUGGGACACUACAGUCCUUGAAGCUGCCAUGUCCGAAUGCAUGGGUCCAAACGCGACCAACGAUGGUGUCACUACCGCGUGUCCUGCGCUGGCCGCUGUCGAUGACCAAUAUUUCGACAUCAACUGCCCACUACAACCACCAGUCAUCGACGAAAAAGUCACUGGCCUGCUCAACGUCCUGCCCGGCUGCAACCCGCCGACCGGCGGCCCAGCACGCGCCACACAGAACAUCUGCCCGAUCCAGCCGUACUACGAGAACAUCACGAACCUCGACUACAAGAACCGUUCAGUCGCCACGCCUGGUGACGUGAUCGCCGACUGGACGUAUGUGGGCUGCGCGUUAGACGAUAGCACUCCCCGACCCCUUGUCGGUGACUACUACACCAAUGCCACCGGCAUGAGCAUAGAGACUUGCACAGCGUGGUGCGGCCAGAAAGGCUACUAUUACGCCGGUUUGGAGGAUUCGUCUGGCUGUUACUGCGGCAGUGCGCUCAACUGGCCCAUCCAGAACCAGACUGUCUGCACCCAGCAGGACUACAUGGCCUGCGCGGGCGACCUGUUCGAGUUCUGCGGCGGGUUCCAACUCAUGCAGAUCUGGAGUUCUAAUUCGUACACGGGCCCGUCGAUCAAAGGGCUCCCCGUGGUUGGAAACACGACAUUGACGGUCGCCAAUGGCACCAUCGCAACAUAUCAGGGCUGCUACAAGGAGGCCGUCGGGGGUCGAGCCUUGACAGGAAAGUCAUACAUCAACGACACGACCAUGACGAUCGAGGUCUGCGCCGCGUUCUGCGCAGACGGAGGCUACGACCUUUUCGGUACCGAGUAUGCUGAUGAAUGCUAUUGCGACAACAGCAUCUCAACCUCGUCAAUCCCGCAGAACGACUGCGAUAUGCUUUGCGCUGCCGACGAGACCGAGUUCUGCGGUAGCGGUGGCAUAUUGUCCGUCUGGUCUCUGCCAGGGUACAUCGCGACGAGUUCCUCUUCAUCUGGCACAAGCCCGACAACGCCGCUCGCCACCAACAUCUCGUACAUAGGCUGCUAUUCGGACGGGGCAGUACGGGCUUUGCCGUCCAUCUCCGAGGGAACAAAGAUGACCGUCGACGAGUGCGCGCAGGCUGCGCAGAGUCAGAACCUGGCGUACUUCGGCUUGGAGUUCGCCUCGCAAUGUUAUGGCGGCAGCGUGCUCAGCUCGACUUCCACGCUCCUCGAUGCCUCGUCUUGCAAUAUGCAGUGCGCGGGCAACAGUACUGAAACCUGCGGCGGACCUAACGCUCUCUCGCUCUACAAUAACACGGCGUACGUCAAACCUUACAAUCCGAACCCGGUGGAUGUGUCGGGCAACACGGGGACCCAGUACAGUUACAUGGGAUGCUACCUGGAGGGUAUUGGGAACAGAGCCUUGGGAUCUACUGCCAAGUAUACAUCCGUCCAGGUCAACAAUGGCAGCUUGACCGUGGAGUGGUGUGCGUCGUACUGUUUCGCCAACGCGUACGCCUACAUGGGCGUCGAGGAUAAUUACCAGUGCUUCUGCAACAAUGCCGGACCGAUCAAUAAUGCUACCCUGUCUACGAACCCGGAUGCGGACUGUGAUAUGAGCUGCGCCGGAAAUCCGAAGGAGAUUUGUGGUGGGGAUAGCACAUUGAACAUUUACCACUUGGCGAGCAAUAGUAAGAGACGUGGAUUGAGGUCGCUGACUUGGUAGGACGUGGUGAUGAAGCUUGACCAGGGGAUUGGUCGAAAGUGGGCUAGGGCAGAGGAAAGCAAGAGUCUAUACAAGGAAUCUCAAGAAAAAUGAUCGGAAUGGCUGUUUCUGUUCGCCGCCUAGACAAAGUCAAUGCGAGUUGGGGC